UGUUCAGCAUGGCCAUGCGAGGCUGAGCAAGUGGCUGAAGGAGGCAGAUGCAGAUUGGACUGAUAGAGUGACAGCGGUGCGGAGAAUGGAAGAUGAGGUUAGGUGUGAGAAGUUGAGACUUAAGGCUAAAGAGGAAGAGGAGAAAAAUAAGGAGGAGAAGGGUAAAGGGAAGGUGAAUGAGGAUGAGGAGAAAGAGGAGGAGGAUGAGAAGAGGAAGGGGAAACAUGAGGAGAAGGAACUUUCACACGGCUGUUUUGGGUCUGCGAUUCUUCCCUGGAACUAUGGCCGCCGAGCCCGUGGAGAUCCCAAGGACAUGUCAAGUUCUGCAUUGAAUGAAACAUUGCUUACACCCCAACAGUCAAAACCAAUGCCCACUCCUUCAGGUGCAGCCAAUCCAAGAAUUGCAGAUGCAACGGCUAUGACAAUGAGGACGUCCAAGCCCAAGCCCAAGGUAUACCAAUUUGAGACUCGCCUUAUGGUUCCAAGGUUUCGAAGGCCAACCACUUACAACGUUGGUGCUUGUCCUGGCCUUGAUCAAAGCACUUCUGGUAGCAAGGAUCCCCAGAUGGUGAAAAUUACACUCUGUGUUCUUACAAGACCGGCCGAGAACUUCAGUGAGAGGGAUUUAGUUUCAACCAUCCAUGAAACACUGAAAGCUGUAAUUGCUCAAUACAAUGCCAGUCAACUUAUAAAUGAGAGUGAGCUUGUGAGUUGGGAGAUAAGGCAGGUACUGACAGAGCGGACAAGAAACUUUGGAAUUUCCAUUGAUAAUGUUUCCAUUAUAAGCCUGAGCUUUGAAAAGCAGUUAACACAUGACACUGAAGAAACAAAACAGAUGACUACACAAGAAGCCGAGCAAGAAAGCAGAAGCGCAAUGAUCAAGUCACAGGAAGAUGAUCAAAUCUGGAAUAAGAGACAACUUGGCUACAUUUUCGAUCUGAGUACUGCACUGGGCCUCAUAUUCCUUAUUCGUCAAUUGUUGCCUGCUGGUUAUGACCGUUGGAUGUUGCUUGUGUUUGCGGCGGUUUGGGGAGUGGGCAGUGUCGGAUUGCCUGUUGGGUUGUUUGGUACCUCUAGGUUUGAGAAAAAUUGGAGUCGGCAUGUCGGGCGAUUCAUAUCUCUCUCUUGCUCACUACUUGUGAUCUACGGGAUCUACAUCCUCGCGUUGCGUGUUUCUGGCGCUCCUGAACUCACUCUGUCUUUGUCGCCAAUCAAAAUCACUGAUGCUGAUGCUAAUGCUGAUUGGUGGAUGACAGUUUGGUUCAGCACGAUUGCUGUCCUAGUGCUUAUUGGGCAUCUCUAUUCCUGGAUAAGAGGUUGCUGUACCGGUGGUGAUAGAGACAAUGUGCCUUAGGAUGACGGAAACAGUAUGGUGUUUCUACACAAUAUGGUUGGCCACAAGAUCUUGAACUCUUUCUUUUUCGAGCAAUGUGAUGAGAAAUUAAGAUCAUUUUCUCUUUACCUACGAUGGUGAGAUGCUUGCUGGUUAUGAUAUAUACUCAGGAAUUUUAUGUCCGAACAAACUUUGAUCCAUUAGCAUCGGAUCAUUAACUAGAACUAGACUAACAUACUUACAGCUAGAGGACUUGGUCUGUCCACGUUUGCAUGGCGUCAGGCUUGAUCCUUAUGACCAGGAGAAGGUUUACCCUAGCAAGAUGCUUGCUGGAAUGCUGGUUAUGAUAUACCCAGGAAUUUUAUGCCUGGUUUUCUCUUCUGAGAACAAGAACUCGGAUACGUUUCCUGGCAUAUUGCUGUGAUGAUCAAUAUGGAUAUGCCUCUGCUGCUAUGCAGUACAGGAAUGUGUAUGUCUUUUUUUUGUUGUCGUCUCCUCUCAAACCGAACACAAACAGCCAGGCCUUCUUGGGCCUUUACAUGUGCGGUGCUUAUGCCGUUAUUCUACGAAAUAUUGAUCUGUGUGGCAGGCUUGCCAGUUUG